UAGCGUAAACGGUCCCAGGAUGUACGAGAGAUUUUGCGUUGUAUUUGUUCAAGAAUAGCACUUACGAUGCGCCCAGUCCGCCACCUGUCAAGAAAAACAAAAUAAAACUAAUCUUAAACUUCCGGUCACAACUUUCAAAAUUAUACUUCACUCCCAUAACAGCAUGUACCACAACAUUGUUUUGUGGCAUACAACACCCUUGAACAAAAUCAAUAAUGGUGUUUAAGUAUAUAUUAUCGGUGAAUUAAGAGAAUACAACGUUUUGGGGUAGUUUUAUUUUUGUCCCACGCUCUUAUUUUUAAGGCAGGAGCAGCUCUUUUCCGGAAUCAUUGUAACUAGCUACAGAUGGCUAACGCUAAGCUAACAUGAAAGCAGCUCGGUUGACAAGCGUCAGUAUCACGUCCAAAGAAGGGAUUUUAAACAAUUUAUUCACUCGAAAAACAUACAACGGAUCUUAAGACAUUCUUACACACCAGUCCAAGCAGGAGGCAGACGCCUCAUUUGUCAGUUAACGGUUUCAUCGGCCUUCGCUUCCCUGACGAAUAAACGCCGGACGUCAGGUGGAGAUGGAUGUUUACUUCACUGUGUAAUUGCAGCGUUUGAAUUUUUUGGGACCCUGCUGCCAGAUGACCAGUAGACCGCACUGCUCAACAUGAAACCUGUCAGCUAUCAGAGCAUGCCAUCAACUGUGAACGGUGGACAGCAGAAUUUGGCCUUGGAUCGUGUGUUAAGCACCUCAAAUGUGAUGUAUUGUGAGAAAUGUGGAUUCGCUUCCACAGACGCUGCAGUGUUUAAGAAGCACACGAUCGAGCACAUGGGGACAAGGUUUUACUGUUUCUAUUGCAACAAUGUCUCGUUCAGUGAGGCAGAGUUAAAUGCACACCUGAAGCAACACACUGCAAAAUACCCAUUCAAAUGUCCUCACUGUGGACAGGGCUAUAUGAGGAGGCUGUGCCUUGUGAAGCACAUUGAGCGUCUGCAUAGUAAAAGCAUCAGUCAAGGACCCGCUAAGCCUGGCAUGACUAAAACUCCUCACGUGCCUGUCUCCAGUGCCUUACCAAGUUUGCCCCUCGCUGAUCCAUUAUCACUUCGACCGGCUGUUCGGGUGACAGUACCCACCCCGAGUGCACCUGCAGUCAGACUGGGUAAAGAUGAGCAGAGAGGGAAAACACUGGACACAAAUGUAUCGAAUGCCACCAAUGGAAAUACAGAACUUUUGUCCCCUUUAAAUGGACUCAUUCAGCACAACAGGGCUUUAACCGUUUCUCUUCCCGAGGAAGUAACGAUCCCUGCUGGCUGCUUGGUUGAACUUGUUGAGGUGAAAACUGUUAACGGGACAAAGGAGCUAAAACUGAGGCUCGUCUCUCAACAAGAGAACAAAUCUGUGAUAAAAGACACAAGGACCACGAUCCCCCAAAACACUACAAUGGGAAAGCCAUUAUCAUCCACAUUAAAUCAUCAGACUUCCACACUGAAGUCUGUGAGUAUGGGGAUGUGCACAGUUAACAGGAAACAGUGCGAAACAAAGACAGUGAAUGUGGAGCGGCCUGCUGUUGUCCCAGUCAGUAUUUCAAAAAACCUUCCAAAUCAAGUAGGCAAGGAAAAGAGUGGAUUCAAAAGAACAUCACAAGAAAUAAUCAACCUGGAGUGUAACACAGUCAUCCCAAACAAAGUUCCCAAAAGUAUCCUCAAUCCUGCAAGAGAAGGAAAUAGUGGGAUCAGAGUUACACAAAGAGAACCCGCAAAUCUUAAUGUAGCUCCUCCCACUGUUAUCUCCACCAGGGUUGCCAACAGGUUGAUUAGCACCCUGCAUUCAGACAACAUGGGAACAGGUAUUUCUCAGAGAGCAGUGGAAGAGAGGAAGAAUUUAAUUCCAGAGCAUUCCAAGAGUAUCCCACCCCGGAGAGCAAGUGACACAAAAAGCAUUCCUCGAGAUGUGUCGCUGGCUGUGAAGCUGGAACCGGGGGAGAUCCGCCUCAGGAACAGCACUGCUUCAAAAAUAAUGAAAGAGGCAGUGGGCUUGAACCAGCAAAGUCUGAAAUCAGCUUCCCUUUCCUUGAGUGUUCCCUUAGCUGCAGCUGCCCAGAUGAGACCUCCGGCGAUUUUAGCAUGUAAAGAUAACGUUGUUGCAAAUCAGUCUUUUCCAACACACACGACUCUAAAUGAGCCCUCAUCAGACAAAACCCCUGUGCUUUCUAAUCGUUCAAAUUCAAAGAUAUCAGCUUGGACCCAGGAAGUCAGAUCCAGUGAGAGAGCAGGAGAAGGAGACAUGCCAGAACCAGAGGGUUUUCCCAUCAUUUCCUCUGUGUUUUCAUUAAGUCAACAACCAGAGGAAGUCCAAGGCUCCAUUCAGCCGCUGGUAAUGGCUCUGCGUGGCAUAGUGAUGGAUAAAAGUAACAGUUCUGGCAGUACACCUCAAGAUCACAUCAAGAUAACAGACAGCAAAGAGCAGGUGAAGGAGACGCCGACAUUGGGGUACUGUGCUCAGGUGGCCACAAAAGAUGGAUCCUUCAUCUGCGAACCUUUAUUGACAAAGCAGACCAGUGACUCUGUAAAAGUAGAGGAGCAUGAUAAGGGUAUCCAGCACCCCUCUGCACUGACCGACAACCAUAUACAUGUCAAGAAGGAAAAAAAUAGCACUACACCAACAGAUACUAAUAAAUGCAGUCACACUCCCACUUCAAAAUCUUCAACAGAUCAGGGAUCUGUUUCUAAAAUUGCCGCGCACGUAGACACAUCUGUGGCUCCAGAUCCUCUACAACAAAUGGUGAAAAAUGAGCACGACAUCUCCUCGAAGUUCCUCACUGUCUCCCUGAAAAGGGUACAGUUAGGCGUGUGGAAAAAAAGCAAGAAAGGACUGAAACUUAGAAUAUCCAAAUAUAAGACUGAUUUACCUAUGGACAGUGUAACUGAUUGUGCAGUUAUUUACCCAAUGCCGCUGAAAGUGGACCAAUUGGUGAAACGCCCAGGCCCGAACCAGCCUGUAGUGGUACUCAAUCACCCAAAGCCCCGGGCCCCCAUACAGGGAGCGAGAGCAGACACUGUUGCUGACACAGGAGCCUCUGAGGUGGUUCCAAAGUGCCAAAUCUUAAAAAUGAGGCUGAGCAAAGUGAUGGGGCAGAAGUAUGAGGUGAUGGGAUGCACUGUUAGAGUCUUUCCAUGAAUUUAUCGGACAAUGUAUCAGUGGAAAGAAGUGUAGGUUCAUGAAGAAAUAACUAGUAUUACAAUGGGAAGAUGCCAACUUCAAAAACUGAGAAAAUAUUAAGGCGAUUAUUUUCUUUUGUGAGCAUAAGAUUUAUCAAUGAACAUUAUAUGUUUGUCUAUGUAGGCAUGGGAUAUGGUUUAUUCAAGUGCAAUGCAGUUUUGACUGCUUUGGGCCAUGGUAUAUGGACCAUCUGCUGUAGUAGACUUCAAUCGGUAAUACACAGAUGUUAAGAAACUGUUACAGAAGUUUGAGAAACCAGUAGAUCUGUCAGAGUUAAGGCAUUAACGCAUGUUGUUUUAUUUAAAAUUAUAUCCUCUUUAUUUAUUUUUCGUUUACAUCAGUAAUGUUUCAUGGUUAAUCUGGCCCCUUUAAGAUGCAACCUCAAGUUGCUGCAAUAUGUGCAGCACGCCUGAGAUUAUCAAAGAGGCAUUCAGAGUAAAAACAGUGCCAUUUACAAUAUAAACAAAGCCAUGAAUUUAGACAAUUUCAAUGAUGGAAAAAUCAGUGGGUGGUAUUAAGUAAUGAUCAAAUGUCUGUGAUGAUUUUGUGUAAUCUUGUGGGCAGAGUAUCACAUGCAACACACAAAAAAUAUACAGUGAUUAAGGUCUUAUUCAAGUAUUAUUCCCCGUUUUUCUGUUGUUAAUUUUCAAUUUAACAGAACAGGCUAAGGCAAGGAAAACAGAAAGUCCCUAUACAGUAGUCAUAUAUCAGCGUAAGAUAACAUAUACAGACAUAGAGCAUUUACAAGCCUGUAAAAUGUUUUGCUUCUUUGACAUUCCCCCUUUUUUUUCAUUUGUUGUGUUGAUAGUUAGUUGUAAAGUCACUUAUGCAGCAUCCGAAUUUAAAAGUUCCAUCCAAAAAGUCAACAUUUCAAUCCUGAUAACUUUGUAACUGGUCAACAACUGGCGCACAUUCAUUUCAAAGGCUUCUCCAAAUUUGGCCCGAGAAAGUGGCUUUCCUGAAGAUCACAGUCAGUGUUUUAUGUGCACCAAUCAGUAUCCCUGUGCAGAUUCCAGGUUGGUCACUUGUUUGGUGAUGCAUUCAGGUACUCUUUGCAGACUCUUAUAUUUGUAGUAUACGUGACCAUGUAUUACAUGACCAUGUCCACGUUCUCACUGUGCCUGUGUGGGUUUCCUCCAGGGUCUCCAGCUUCCCCCCACAGUCCUAAAGACAUGCAGGUUAGGUUAUUUGGUGACUCUAAAUUGCAUGUAGGUGGUGAAUGUGAGGCCCACCACCACCACCACCACCACCACCACUAGGCCAGGAGAUCCUUGAAUGGCCCGUUAGUUUUGGUUUCUGUGAGGCUAGAGCUAGUAGUCUAAUAGUCCCCAAUACAGAUGAAUGAGAAAGGUGAGCUUAUUAAUGGCUAAUUUCUGUUUAAAACUCUGCCAGAAGGCUUAAAAGGCAAAAGUAAAGUCUUGAAGAAUUGUUAAUUUUUUUUAUGAAUUUUUGUUUCAUGUUAACCUGACAUUGACUAUUACUAUACACUUUAUUUUAUUUUAUUUUUUUACUACAUUAGGUGUGUGUCUUUAUGGACCUGAAUGUGUAAUUAAUCGCAGAUUUUUGUGAUUAUUUGACCUACUGUCCUAGAAAACAUUUUUUCUAGGACUAUAAACAAGUAUCCAUUGUGCUAUUCAGUUUGCUUUGUAUCCACAAUAAAGAAAAAGCUGAGGAUCCUUAGACAGUGAUACAAAAUGGAAUAGCCCACGCUGGUUUAUUACUGUAACAGAAAGAAAGCCAUUUACUUGUAUUUUGUUUAAAAUUAUUAUUUUAUUUUUCCACCAUGUAGAUAUUUAGUGACUGUUGUGAUUCUUGGGCGUUCAAAACCUGUUCAAACCUGUUGUAUAUUUUUCAAAAACCAUCAAAAGGACAUAAGCAAUCUUCUGUCCUGAUACUUUGCAGAUCUGUUUCUCGUCCCAACGACAGCAUUAUAACACCUGUGUGUUCUUGUUUAUAAUGUAAUCAUGAUGUAUGAGGUGCUAGACCUAUGAUUAAAUUUAUAGGUUAUGGUUGCCCAUAGUUUUUAUUGUGUAUAAACUUUUCGGUCACCCACAGAUUUUAUUGUGUAUAUACCUAUGAAUAUAAAACGUUAUGACUGGUGUUCAUACUCAGUAGGGAAUGGCUAACAUUCCACUGCCUCUUCUGCAACGCAGUUACUGUAUGUUGUGCUUUUCUUUUCUUACAUUGCAGUGUCCGAAGCUGUGUUUGUUAUAUAUAAUUAUUUUAAAGGUGUU